AUGACUCGUAACAGUCAACUAGAGACGCGGGCUUGCUCGCUGCCACCAGAAAAUUUGGUUGUGACGAGUAGAUAUUCCCCACUGAAAAAUAAUCAGAAUGUCAAAGCGGAGCAUCUGUAUCAGAAAAAUCAAAAUAACUUGACUACAGGAGGCAAGAUGCGAAUGCCAAAUAGUGUUGAUUUGAGUCUUGCAGAGGAUACCUACCCGGGAUGCAGUGACUACGAUCCCUGUUCUCCUGCCUCUAUUGAUGUAGGCAAUGGAAAUAACAAACACUCACCGAGCGACUGUAGUAGUGCAUUUACAGAUGAAGAUAGCGGUUGCCAGGUAUUCUAUUUUGGUAAUGCUCUUCGUGUGGGUUCCAAAUGUCGCAUGGGUAGGGCCUGUUCGGUCUCUGCACUGGAUUCUCCCUCCGUCCAGCCUUUCAGCAAUAAAGAUGAAUUUCUCGCAGCAAUGACUGAAGACCUGGCAGACUGGAUGUCGCGAUUAUAUCCCGACAUCGCAAAGGACCUCGAUGCUGAAAUUUUUUUCGACCGAAUCUCUGAUGGUGUGCUUCUUUGUCACCAUGCAACUGAACUACAUCGUUUGCUUGAGCGGGAGUUUCCUGUGAGUCUUCAGAAUGGUGAACGAAGGUUGGAAGGUGUGCAGAUUGGUGGAGUAAAACCCGUUCUUCCUCCCAAUCCUCCAACCUUUCAGUCUCGCGGUUUUAACGCUGUCAACUUAGCUGGAGGCAGUUUCUGGGCUCGUGACAAUGUCGCUAACUUUAUCCACUGGUGUCGAGCAAUGCGGUUACCAGACUGUAUCCUCUUCGAGACGGAAGAUCUCGUGUCCCGCAAAAAUCUUCGCAGCGUUAUUGUCUGCUUACUAGAGCUAGCUCGUCUUGGUGGACGGGUCGGUAUGGAAGUGCCUGAAAUCAUUUACCUUGAAAAGGAGAUUGACAACGAGAUUGCUUUGGGUGACCAAGACUUUGGUAGUGACCACGGCACCAAUACUGUGGAUGUACCUUCUUAUGACUGGACUGGUGAUACACAAGAGUUAGAAAAUAAGACAAUAAAUGUGUCAAUCGGGACAGAGACGGAGGCAAAUACAUUAGAGUCUUCAACAGAAGCACCCCUUUCAAAAAUCCCCUUGUCUGUGAAAUCCACGGAAAAGCGCACCAACAAGGCUGCUCUGUUGAGAGAAAAGAAAGCAAAGGAAGAACUAGAGGAACGCAAAAGACAGGAAGCUCUCAAAGCCAAACAACAGGAAGAAGAGGAGCUGAAGAAUAAGAAAUCGCAAUAUAAACGCCCUGUUAUUGAUAUGCGUACUCUAGACGAGAUUGUUCGCGAAAAACUGGCCCAAUGCACGUGUGAACAGACCUUUCCCAUGAUCCGAUUGAGUGAGGGACGCUAUCUUUUCGGUGAUAAGAGUACGCAAAUCUUUGUUCGUAUUCUUCGAAGCCACGUCAUGGUGCGUGUUGGUGGAGGCUGGGAUACGUUGGACCACUUUUUGCAAAAAUAUGACGAAUGCAGGAAGGUACAACAGCCUAACAGCCCAUCAACAACGGACAAGCGUCUCCAAUUCAAGAAAGAACAUUCACGCUCAACGGAAGAGGCAGUGUUGGAUACUACCAACACAGCAAGUCUUGUUAGUGCAGUUUCUGGUAACAGAAAACAGUCGGUGGGAAUGGGUGAGGUGCAGGGUUCUCUUCUGGGUGAAGGAAACCUCCAGGUGACAAAGAAGGGAAGGGAAGUGGUCUACACUACCGCUGAAGUGAUUCAUAAAUCAUCAUCGAAGUGCAACCUCGCUCAUCAUUGUUCCAAGGUAGUAGAAGGGCCGGUGAAGUCAGACAGGAAUGAAAGGGGUAGCGAAGAGAAGCAACUCUCAUCCACUUCCAGCAUUGAAGAUGUUGCUUUGACUCCAGUAAUAAGUCAGACGACGGAUAAACCACAGCUCGCUAAAAUUUCACAAACGUCUUUAACGGACCAAAUAGACAAUUUUAUUCAAAUAAAGGAGGCGCAGAAGGAGACUUUGUUUGCUCAAAACAAGGAGUCAAAUGCUGCCGUCCUCGCAUCCACCACUUCCAGCAUUGAGGAUCUUCCACUGAUUCCAGUAAUUGAUCAGGUUGUCAGUGGAUUUAAUGCGGAAGUGAAACCUCUUACGAUUAAGGAGCCUACUUUGGAUACAACUCCGGUAAAGGCGAGGUUAAAGCCCAACCCACUUCCCUCUCCCUACAAACCGGGUCCUAAUUCUGUUACCCACCGAAUCUCCAGCUCAUCCAGUGUGUACUCCAUCAACCGUCAGAAGGCUACAUCUACCCACAACCUCGCCUCAAUUGGAAAUGCACCCAAACCCAAUCUGGGUAAGUUUUCCAAGUCCACAGUUUCUCUCAGUGGUCCAUCCUCUGUCAAACGCACAGCUAAACCUACUGGGACUCAAUUGAGUCGAAUCACUACACUGAACGCUGAUAAACGUGCAAAGUCAACCUCUCAUCUUGCACCGGCACCUAGUGUUGGUACUCGAACUCGACAGGAUGUGGACUCAUCAAAAAUGAAUGUUUGGGAGCGUCUAUCUGCUAAUGUGCCAAGAAAUCCUACUGCACCGAAGAUCGUUUCUCCUCCAGCGACAUCGCUAAAGAGGCAACAGCCACAACAAAAUCACUUCCAUACGGAGAUCAACCGAACAUCUAAUGUGAAGCGACGCAACUCAGUCACCACAACAAAGAAGGUUGUCCCUCCAGAGGAUGAAUCUGGAGUUGUGAAAGCUUCUACACCUACUGCUAAAGCAGAUCGAGAGUCUCAGAAGGUGGCACCGCCCACCAGAUCGGUACAAACUCGACGCGCCUCGGUAGCAAGGGUGCCUGCAGAGGGUUCACGUAUCCCAAGACCAUCAAAAGUCCUAACAAUAUCGGCGACACGAUCAAAAUCGGUUGGAUCAAACCUUCAAGCAAAGCGUGCAUCUCCCACCUAA